AAAAAAAAAGAGAAAAAGCUACAAUUAGCAAAUGUAGUUUAUGAAGAUGAAAUAAAAAUCUUUAUAUAACACAGAAACAGAUCCUACUCUUAUCUUAACUUGCACUUUUUUCCUCCUUUUCACUCUGCCUUCACCAACUAUGGCUGCUUCCGUCAAGGGCAACAGCAGGCUUUCUCUCGCCAUGGAAAGAACCGGCCAAUGGGUUUUCUCCCAGGAUAUUCCCACCGACGUGGUGGUCGAAGUUGGUGAAGCAAAUUUCUCUCUGCACAAGUUUAUGCUAGUGGCUAAGAGCAACUACAUAAGGAAACUGAUAGUGGAAUCGAACGAACCGGACUUGACGAGGAUCAAUCUCUCAAACAUCCCGGGUGGCCCCGAGAUCUUCGAGAAGGCGGCGAAAUUCUGUUACGGCGUAAACUUCGAGAUCACGGUGCACAACGUGGCUGCUCUACGCUGCGCCGCCGAGUUCCUGCAGAUGAUCGAGAAGUACUGCCCCAACAACCUCGCCGGCCGCACCGAAGACUUCCUUACGCAAGUCGCCUUGACCAGCCUCUCCGGCGCAAUCGUCGUCCUCAAAUCCUGCGAAGACCUCCUUCCCAUGGCAGAAGAGCUCAAAAUUGUCCAGCGUUGCGUGGACGUCGCCAUUUCCAAGGCAUGCAAUGAAGCGAACUUUCCGAGCCGAUCACCAACGAACUGGUGGACGGAGGAGCUGUCAAUUCUAGACAUCGAAUUCUUCGCGAAAGUGAUGACGGCGAUGAAGCAGCGAGGCGCGAAAGUGCUGACAAUCGCGAGCGCUCUGAUAACUUACACGGAGAGAGCGCUGCGGGAUCUGGUCCGGGACCACUCCGGCAACGGCACCAAAUCCUCGGAUCUCGAGGAUUCCGACGUUAGAGUUCGACAGAGGGAGCUUCUGCAAUCGAUCGUGGCUCUCCUGCCGUCUGAGAAAGCCGCUUUCCCCAUCAACUUCCUCUGCUGCCUGCUCCGGUCGGCGAUCUUCCUCAAGACUUCGAACACCUGCAAGAGCGAGCUGGAGAAGCGGAUCGCCGUCAUACUGGAGCACGUGACCGUCGACGAUCUGCUGGUCCUGUCGUUCACGUACGACGGCGAGAGGCUGUUCGAUCUGGACAGCGUUAGGAAGAUCAUUUCGGCUUUCGUCGAGAAGGAGAAGAGCGUGGGGAUCUUUAACGCCGGAAAUUUUAAGGAGACGUGUUCCACGGCGAUGAACCGGGUGGCGAAGACCAUCGACGCCUACCUCGGCGAGAUCGCAGCCUACCUAGAGCUCACCAUUUCCAAGUUCAACGGCAUCGCUAACCUCGUGCCUAAAGGAGCGCGUAAGGUUGAUGAUGAUCUAUACCGUGCCAUUGAUAUCUACUUGAAGGCUCAUCCGAACCUGGAUGAGAUAGAGCGAGAGAAGGUGUGCAGCGUGAUGGACCCGCUGAAGCUCUCCUACGAGGCGCGGGUCCACGCGUCGCAGAACAAGCGGCUGCCGGUGCAGAUCGUCCUCCACGCCCUCUACUACGACCAGCUGAAGCUGCGGAGUGGCGUGGCCGACGACCACGACGCCAAAGAGGCCGCCACCGCGAGGAGCCAGCUGCAGGCCGACGUCUCUCUCGUGAGGGAGAACGAGGCCUUGCGCGCCGAGCUCACGAAGAUGAAGCUCUACAUCACGGACAUCCAAAAGAAUGGUCAAACCACGGCGACCUCUUCCAGAGCAGUAGGGUCCACCAAAAGACCCACCUUCUUCUCCUCCGUGUCCAAGACUCUCGGCAAGUUGAAUCCAUUCAAGCACGGUUCAAAGGACACUUCCCACAUUGAAGAUGUUGUAGAUAUCUCCAAGCCUAGAAGAAGGAGGUUCUCCAUUUCUUAAUUCAUCAUCUUCAUGAUAAUUCUUUGUUUAUUGAUUAAUGUAGGGGAUGAUCUAAUAAGUUGAUACGUAAUUGGUGUUUCUGUGUGCCUUUUUUUAAGUGUUUUAUUUGGAUAUUGCAUUUUCUCU